AUGGCAGACAGCAUCCCUCCGGGAGUGGGAAGGGACUUCUUGAAUGAUGAUGAAAACGAGAAGAGAAACGUGCAGUCUUCAGAUGAUUCCUUUGAGCCUUACCCUGAGAAGAAGAUUUCUAGCAAGAAAAGCAAUGUCAAAGAAGUAAAGAAGGCAGAAGAGCCCAAAACAAGGAAGAAGCCACGGCCUAAGCCCGGCUGGAAAAAAAAGAUCAAGUGUGAGAGGGAGGAGCUGCCAACCAUUUACAAGUGUCCUUACCAGGGCUGCACAGCUGUCUACAGGGGGGCUGACGGCAUGAAGAAACACAUCAAAGAGCAUCAUGAAGAGGUACGGGAGAGGCCCUGUCCUCAUCCUGGCUGCAACAAGGUGUUCAUGAUUGACCGGUACCUACAGCGGCACGUGAAGCUCAUUCAUACAGAGGUACAUAAUUAUAUCUGUGAUGAAUGUGGGCAGAUCUCAGUCCAUCAGAUGCGGCACUCAGGAGCAAAGCCCCUUCAGUGUGAGAUCUGUGGUUUCCAGUGCAGGCAGCGAGCAUCGCUCAAGUACCACAUGACCAAACACAAAGCUGAGACAGAGCUGGAGUUUGCCUGUGACCACUGUGGGAAGCGCUUUGAGAAGGCCCAUAACCUUAAUGUUCACAUGUCCAUGGUGCACCCUCUGAUCCAGGUUCGGGAAAAAGCUAAGCCAUUGGAGCCAGAGCCCAUUCUCCUCCUAAAUACUUCAGGGACUUCAGAAAGUCAGGUGGUAAAGCCAGAAGUGACUGCACAGCAGGAGCACACCUGAGGGGGAUGGGGAAGCUUUCCCAGUCCAGCCCUGUAGAAACCAUAUGGCAGAGCAGAGACUUUUAAUCUAUGUUUUAGUCUCCCAAAGAACUCGGUGAAAUUAGCUUCAGCUUGCUCAGAAAAAGCUUGUCUUCAUGUUGUGAUUAUCCAUGCUCAUUCAGCAGGAUUGUACUGAGUAUCUGUCUAACCCCAGGGGAAUGGAUGUUCAGCAGCAUCCCUUCAUGGUCUCCUUUCUCCCCAUGCAUACUUUUGUAGAAACAGACUGUUCCCUGUCUGCAGGAGCUGCUGCUGCCUGUACAGAAUUGGCCAGACAUGGCUCUAAGAGUACAUAGGACAGUGGAGUGGACUUCAGGCAGACUUUUUUCUGGAUUAAAAAAAAAAUAUUCCCAAAAUGAAGUCUAAACUGAAAUUUGUAACCUACUUUUUAUCGCAAAAAGAGCUUCAUGGUUAUGCUUGUAAUAAAUUAUUACAAAAGUAAUGUGAAA